UGUCGUGUCCAGUGCCUCCAGUCGUACCAGGACCACCGACCGGUGUGAACGUUCUUCCUCGUGCGUCGUCCCGCCGCUGUCGUGUCUACGUACGUGCGUAUCGGUGUUAUACACUGUGGCCGUCACCGCGAAAAUUCCAGCGGUCCAGUGCAUUUUUAGCCGAUCCAAAAGGCUAUCGGAUCGAACGCGAAAGACGUACGAGGAGAUCUCUCGUGUGUUCUGGCGGAGAUCGGUGGUGGUAAACGUAUGACACGUACUUGCUCGCCGCGAAGAGUCAACGAGAGACGAUCGACGAGCGUUCGCCGCGUUUUCACGUAACGAGCGUCGCACGGACAAACAUCAUCGCCCUAUCGAAAUCAUUUUUCGGCGCGCCGUUGCUCCCCGGCGUUCUUGACCCGGCCCGAUUAUCGCCUCGGGAACAGUUCCCCAUCGGCGACAACGACGACGCGGAGAGAAGUGCACCGAAAACAUCCGAUCGGCACGGGCGGCGAGGAAGUGUAGCCAUGAAUAAUUCACUCGGUUAAGGGGUGAAAUUUCUCCGACUUUGAGGCACCGAGAGAAUCGACAACAACAGCGUCAAGAUGGGCGAGAUUCUCGGUUCGGCGAGCUUUCUCCACCUCGGCGACAUCGUCAGCCUGUACGCGGAGGGAAGCGUCUCGGGAUUUCUUUCUACUCUCGGUUUGGUGGACGACAGAUGCGUGGUAUGUCCCGAAGCUGGAGACCUAUCGAAUCCGCCAAAGAAGUUCAGAGAUUGCCUCUUCAAAAUAUGUCCCAUGAACCGUUAUUCUGCCCAAAAGCAAUUUUGGAAGGCCGCGAAACAAAGCGCGAGCGGCACAGAUGCUGUACUUCUCAAAAGGCUUCACCACGCCGCCGAAAUAGAAAAGAAGCAAAAUGAUUCUGAGAACAAGAAACUGCUGGGCAGCGUGGUCUCUUACGGCAACGUCGUCCAGCUUCUGCAUCUCAAGUCCAACAAGUUCUUGACAGUCAACAAGAGGCUGCCUGCGCUCCUCGAGAAAAACGCAAUGCGGGUCUACCUGGAUGCAAACGGAAACGAGGGCUCCUGGCUGUACAUCAUGCCCUUCUAUAAGCUUCGCAGCGACGGUGAUAACGUUGUUGUCGGUGAUAAAGUAAUUCUGGAACCAGUGAAUGCCGGCAGGCAAGGUCUACAUGUUGCUGCCAAUUAUGAACUGAGCGAUAACCCAGGUUGCAAGGAAGUAAACGUCGUGAACACGGCCACCUCGUGGAAGGUGACACUGUUCAUGGAGCACAGGGAGAAUCAGGAGGAAAUACUGAAGGGUGGAGACGUGGUUCGGCUGUUCCAUGCUGAACAGGAGAAGUUUCUUACAAUGGACGAAUACAAAAAGAAGCAACACGUAUUCUUGAGGACCACUGGUAGAACUAGUGCCACUGCAGCUACGAGUAGCAAAGCUUUGUGGGAGGUUGAGGUAGUGCAACAUGAUCCCUGCAGAGGAGGUGCUGGUCACUGGAACUCUCUCUUUAGAUUUAAACAUUUAGCAACGGGUCAAUAUUUAGCUGCUGAGAUAGACACCGAUGAACCACGUGAAAUCACGAUAGGCAAACGUGAUCCUCCAGGACCAGUGUACAGAUUGGUAUCAGUUCCGCACAGUAAUGAAAUCAGCUCCUUAUUUGAGUUAGAUCCGACAACAUUAACAAGAGGUGAUAGUUUGGUACCUCAAUCAUCUUUUGUUAGGUUACAUCACAUAUGUACAAAUACCUGGGUCCAUUCAACAAGUGUACCCAUUGAUAAAGACGAUGAGAAACCUGUUAUGUCAAAGGUGGGUUGUGCAAUUAACAAAGAGGACAAGGAAGCGUUUGCUUUGAGGUCUGUGUCGCCUGUUGAAGUGCGAGACCUUGAUUUCGCAAACGAUGCAUGUAAAGUUUUAGCUGGAAUAAGUGGUAAAUUGGAAAUAGGCACGAUCUCCCACAACGAAAGACGAGCUGUUACUAGUUUACUGCAGGAUAUAGUGUACUUCAUAGCUGGGCUAGAGAACGAGCAGAAUAAGUCUGAAGCUUUAGAGUUAAUUGUUACUAAUGCGGUAAGGGACCGGCAGAAGUUACUAAGAGAACAAUAUAUACUCGGUCAAUUGUUUAAAAUACUUCAGGCUCCAUUCUUAGAGUCUGCUGAAGGUGAGGGACCAUUUCUUAGAAUAGAGGAAUUGAACGAUCCUAGGCAUGCACCAUAUAAAUAUAUGUUUCGUUUGUGUUACCGAAUUUUAAGACUGUCACAACAAGAUUACAGGAAAAAUCAGGAAUAUAUUGCCAAACACUUUGCUUUCAUGCAAAAACAAAUCGGAUACGACAUCUUAGCAGAGGACACGAUCACUGCACUCUUACAUAACAAUAGAAAGUUGUUAGAGAAGCAUAUUACAGCUGCAGAAAUUGAAACGUUCGUGGGUCUUGUUAGGAAGAAUAUGCAUAAUUGGGAAUCCAGAUUUUUAGAUUACUUGUCGGACUUAUGUAUUUCUAAUAAAAAGGCAAUAGCUGUGACCCAGGAGUUAAUUUGCAAGAGCGUAUUAAGUGAAAAGAAUAAAGAUAUAUUAUUAGAAACUAGGAUGAUGAAAACUCAGGUUGAGGUAGAGGAACUUGAUGAGAAACAAGAGAAUGGUGAAUCACAGAUUACUGUUGUCGAGGAACUAGAAGUAUUUCUUCUAUGGAAGAAUGCAACGAAGUCAAUGUCUUUAAAUGAGUUAUCAAGGGGAGCAAAAUUAGGCAGUGUUCAAGAUAUAGCAAUAUUAGACUAUUAUAGACAUCAGUUAAAUCUUUUUAGCAAUAUGUGCCUCAACAGACAGUAUCUAGCUUUGAAUAAUUUAUCACCGCAUUUAGAUAUUGGUCUUAUACUGAAGUGCAUGGAAGAUGAAACAGUGCCAUAUGAGUUGCGUGCAUCAUUCUGUCGACUCAUGUUACACUUACACGUUGAUAGAGACCCUCAGGAGCAAGUGACUCCUGUGAAGUAUGCUCGCUUGUGGUCUGAAAUUCCUUCGAAAAUGAGUAUUAAUGACUAUGACGCGAACAGAAUGCGGGAUCAAAAUAAAGAAGUCGUUCGUGCUAAAUUUAGUGCGACUAUAAUGUUCGUGGAAGAUUAUUUAUGCAACGUAGUUGCAAAAAUGUGGUCGUUUGCAGACCAAGAACAAAAUAAACUUACAUUUGAAGUCGUUAAACUGGCACGUGAUCUAAUUUAUUUUGGAUUCUAUAGUUUCAGUGAUCUGUUGAGACUAACUAAAACGCUGCUAAGUAUUUUGGACUGUAUUUCAGAAAAUGAUACCCCGGAGAGAAAGAUUCCUACUGGUGAUAUUGACUCUGAGUCUAUGGAGUCUAAGGAAACAGCCGAGGGUGGAGUACUAAGAUGUAUCGGAGAUAUGGGAGCAGUAAUGACAAGUUUGACAUUGGGUUCAGCCGGACAAGUUUUAGGUGGAAGUACAUCUCCGAGGCCGAAACCACUAUCACAGAAAGAAUACCCAUUGGUGAUGGACACAAAGUUGAAAAUAAUUGAAAUCUUACAGUUUAUUCUUGACGUCCGAUUAGACUACAGAAUUUCCUGUUUAUUAAGCAUCUUUAAACAAGAAUUCGACGAAACUGAGAAAGCAUCUGGCGAUGUAAAUCUUGGUCAAAAAACUAUUGAUUUGGAAUUAAUUGGGACUCAAGCAGAGGGUAUAUUUGGAAGCAGUGAAGAGUGUGCAGCGCUAGAUCUGGAUGGUCAAGGUGGUAAGACAUUUCUGCGUGUCUUGCUUCAUUUGGCAAUGCAUGACUAUCCUCCAUUAGUUUCUGGAGCAUUACACUUGCUCUUCAGACAUUUUAGUCAAAGACAAGAAGUUUUGCAAGCGUUUAAACAAGUACAAUUAUUGGUGUCUGAUAGCGAUGUUGAGUCUUAUAAACAAAUUAAGUCGGAUUUAGAUGUGUUGCGACAGUCGGUUGAAAAGUCUGAGCUUUGGGUGUACAAAUCUAAAGCGGCCGAAGAACAUGGCGGCGGUAAAAAGAAGAAAAGCAAGGAUGAAGAAGAUGAUGGAUCUACACCUCGCAAAGCACCACCUCAAUUAUCAACGUCCGAUAAGAAAGGAUCUGCUAUAGACUUAGACAUUGGUCCUCCGUUACCCGCAGACCAAGCUGAAGAAUAUAAAAAGAUACAGCAAAUAUUAAUUCGUAUGAACAAACUAUGCAUUCAAACGAUAGGUGGUCAAUUCAAGCCACGAAAACACGAGCAAAGACUUUUACGCAACGUUGGAGUACACACUGUUGUCUUAGACUUACUACAAGUUCCAUAUGAUACCAAAGAGGAUGUUCGAAUGAACGAGUUGAUGCGAUUAGCGCAUGAUUUUCUACAGAAUUUUUGUUUAGGCAAUCAACAAAAUCAGGUUUUAUUGCAUAAGCAACUGGACUUGUUCCUGAAUCCUGGUAUACGCGAAGCGCAGACAGUGUGCAGCAUUUUUCAAGACAAUUCCACAUUGUGCAAUGAAGUGAGCGCUAAAGUUAUACAACAUUUUGUGCAUUGUAUAGAAACUCAUGGGAAGCAUGUACAGUAUCUGAAAUUUCUUCAAACAAUAGUAAAAGCUGAGAAUCAGUUCAUCAGAAAAUGUCAGGAAAUGGUGAUGCAAGAAAUGGUUCAAUCUGGUGAAGAUGUUCUUGUCUUUUACAACGACAGAGCUUCUUUUAAUCACUUUGUGGAAAUGAUGAGAUCUGAAAGGCACAGAAUGGAUGAAAGUAGUCUACUAAAGUAUCAUGUAGAAUUAGUAAAAUUAUUAGCUUGUUGUACGAUGGGUAAAAAUGUCAAUACAGAAAUUAAAUGCCACAGUCUUUUACCAUUGGAUGAUAUUGUUGCUAUGGUAUCACAUCCAGAUUGCAUACCAGAAGUCAAAGAAGCAUAUAUAAAUUUCCUUAAUCAUUGUUAUAUUGACACAGAAGUGGAAAUGAAAGAAAUUUACACCUCGAAUCAUAUGUGGUCGUUGUUUGAAAAGUCUUUUAUUGUAGACAUGGGUAUAAUAGCAACUGCCACGCAUGAUCGUGAACAUGCUGAUACCUUUCUGGAAAACUAUGUGACAGGUUGCCUAAUGAAUAUCAUUACAACGUUCUUUAGCAGUCCGUUUUCAGAUCAGAGUACUACAGUGCAGAAACAUCUGCACGAGGCUAGACUAUAUUGGAGCAUCAAGGAGAGUGACCGGAAUACUGAUAAUGAUCUUACUGGCUAUACACGACAGCCUAUAUUUGUUCAGUUGCUACAUGCAGCUUUUAAAGUAUCACAAUGUGCAUGGUUAAAUGCUGGUCAAAGAUUCAAUGUGGAAAAUUGUAUAAGAACAUUGUCCGAUGUAGCUAAGGGUAGAGGGAUAGCCAUACCAACAGACUUGGAAGGCCAGGUUGCUUCUAUGUUUAAUAAAGCAGCAAUGCUCAGUAGACAAACAAGCAAAUGGCUUCAAGCUGCUAAACAACCAAAAAUAGAACGCACUCAAAGCCAGAGUGACUUAAUUGAUGAGGAUACUAAGGAUGAGCUAAUGCGUUUGGACCGAAGUAUAAUAGAAGGUUUACAAGAUAUAGUGUCACUACUAGAAGAGCAAUUGAAGCCAUUGGUGCAGUCAGAAUUGUCUUUGUUAGUGGACAUUCUCUAUCGACCAGAAUUAUUGUUCCCAGCAGCAACAGAUGCAAGAAGAAGAUGUGAAAAUGGCGGUUUUAUUCGACGAUUAAUCAAACACACGGAAAAGUUACUCGAAGAAAAGGAGGAGAAAUUAUGUGUAAAGGUGUUAAGGACUCUGAGAGAAAUGAUGGCUAUAGACCCCGAAUAUGGAGAAAAAAACGAAGGUGUUUCGGCAGAAGAAGAAACAGAACAGCAGACCGAGCCACAAGUCGGAACAGACUGUGUCGACGAGUCUGAGACUCGUCAUAUGACUCAGCAAGAGCGGGGAGAUGUAUUAAGGCACAAUCUUUUGGCUCGCUACUUUGGAAAAUCUUUCAUACAAAAGCCAGAGAACGUAGAAAUCGGAGUUUCCCACUCUGCACCAGUUACGCAUGGACCAGGGGCCAAACUUCUGAGCCGGGCAGGCAGGACAUUGCAUGAAAUACAGAGUCAUCUUGAUCGAGAGGGUGCAUCAGACUUGGUGGUUGAAUUAGUAAUCAAAAGUGUCCAUUCUCCAAGCAUAUUUGUGGAAGCUAUAGAACUUGGUAUUGCGUUACUAGAAGGUGGAAAUCCUAUCAUACAAAAGAGCGUGUUUAAUAAAUUAAUGGGUGAUGACUUGAGCCAGUCAUUUUUCAAGGUGUUUUAUGACAAAAUGAAGGAUUCACAGCAAGAGAUAAAGUCUACUGUAACAGUGAACACGUCCGAUAUAGCAGCUAAGGCUCAUGAAGACAAGGAGCAAAGUAAGGAAAUAGAAAAAAUCUCAAGGAAACGGACAUCAGCUAAACCUAAUGGAAUUGUAAUAACGGAUGAGUUACGUGAAGAAUUAAAUCAAGCUGCAUCGUCUACAGUACAAGCCUUUGCAAAUGUUCGCAAUCUAGCUUCCGGUGAGGAUGCAACCACUAAUGCAGCACUAGGAAGUGCAUUGGAGGAUAUGAUUGCUGAAAAACUGGAAAGGCAACGUACUGGAGUUGGUGCAGAAAGAGACGAAGGUCAAUUAAGUACGAAAGUACUAGUAAUGCAGCCAAUUUUACGGUUUCUGCAAUUACUGUGUGAGAAUCAUAAUCGCGAUUUGCAGAAUUUCCUUCGCAAUCAGAAUAACAAGACAAAUUUCAAUCUAGUGUCCGAGACACUUAUGUUCUUGGAUUGUAUUUGUGGCUCAACCACUGGUGGAUUAGGGUUGCUAGGAUUAUAUAUUAAUGAGCACAACGUUGCAUUAAUUAAUCAAACGUUAGAGACGUUGACUGAGUAUUGCCAGGGACCAUGUCAUGAUAACCAGAACUGUAUUGCUACUCAUGAAUCUAAUGGAUUAGACAUAAUAACCGCGUUGAUCCUGAAUGAUAUUAAUCCUUUGGGAAAGACUCGAAUGGAUUUAGUGUUAGAAUUGAAAAACAAUGCCAGUAAAUUAUUGCUAGCUAUAAUGGAAAGUAGAGGCGACAGCGAGAACGCGGAGAGAAUUCUAUAUAAUAUGAAUCCUAAGCAAUUGGUAGACGUUGCGUGUCGCGCAUUUCAUCAGGAAUCAUUAGAUGACGAUGGUGAUGUCGACGAUUCAUCUACCGAUGGAGAAGAAGGAGUAUCACCUAAAGAAGUUGGCCACAAUAUUUAUAUUUUAUGUCAUCAAUUAGCACAGCAUAAUAAAGAACUGUCGUCAAUGUUGAAGCCAUCCGAACAAAAUAAUGCGGAUCCGAAGAUUAAUAAAGCUCUUCAAUAUUAUGCGACUCAUACUGCGCAAAUUGAAAUUGUUAGAAAUGAUAGAACCUUGGAACAGAUCGUAUUCCCAAUUCCAGAAAUCUGUGAACUUAUUACUUUGGAUACAAAGAUCAAAGUUUUAAACACCACAGAGCGGGAUGAUCAAGGAUCGAAAGUUUCAGACUUCUUUGAGAGAACAGAAGACAUGUUCAAUGAAAUGAAAUGGCAGAAGAAGCUUAGGGGACAACCAGUACUAUUUUGGAUGAGCAGUUACAUGUCAUUAUGGAGUAAUAUUUUAUUCAAUUGUGCAGUACUCAUAAAUCUUAUUGUAGCUUUCUUUUACCCAUUCGUGGAUUCCGUGCCCAAUCUUAGUUCGCACUUGUCUGGACUCAUUUGGGCGGUAAUGUUUUCAUCUGCUGUUAUUGUUCUUACAUUACCAAGAGAAUCUGGUAUACGUACGUUAGUGGCGUCAACAAUAUUGCGAUUAAUUUUCUCUAUAGGACCAGAACCGACUUUAUGGUUACUUGGUUUUCUUACGAUUGUAUUAAAAGUUGUACAUCUUAUAAGUAUUAUAGGUAAUCAGGGCACUUUAACAAGGAGCUUAGAGCAAAUAGUGACAAACGUCGAACUUUUGUAUCAUAUAUCAUAUCUUAUAUUUUGUGUUCUUGGAAUUUUUAUGCAUCCAUUUUUCUAUUCAGUCUUACUUUUCGAUGUAGUCUACCGUGAAGAAACGUUGCUCAAUGUAAUCAGAUCUGUAACGAGAAAUGGAAGAUCCAUUAUACUCACCGCUGUGUUGGCAUUAAUUUUAGUUUAUAUGUUUUCCAUUAUUGGUUUCAUGUUUUUCAAAGAUGAUUUCUUAGUGUCUGUCGAUGAGGAUAUUAUGUCAUCAUAUUCGGAAGGAAAUACGGAAACAUGCAAUGCUGUGAAUAAUGAAAAAUGUGAGGCAACUGAAACAGUUUCUCGAUACGUUUUAGAAGUGGCUGAUAGAGACAGAAAUGAAGAUGUAAUUAAUGUCGGUGGAGAAUUAAAAGAACGAUCAUGUGAUUCCUUGGUAAUGUGCAUUGUAACAACUCUAAAUCAAGGUUUAAGGAACGGUGGUGGCAUUGGUGAUAUUCUGCGAGCUCCUUCCAGUACGGAACCGUUGUUUGUUGCCAGAGUCGUAUACGACUUACUCUUCUUCUUCAUCGUAAUAAUUAUUGUCCUGAAUCUCAUCUUUGGUGUUAUUAUUGACACUUUUGCCGAUCUCAGAUCAGAGAAACAACAGAAAGAGUUAAUACUGAAAAAUACAUGCUUCAUAUGCGGUUUGAACAGAUCUUCCUUCGAUAACAAAACGGUGUCUUUCGAAGAACACGUGAAACACGAGCAUAACAUGUGGCAUUACUUGUAUUUCAUUGUUCUGGUGAAGGUGAAAGAUCCCACGGAAUUCACAGGGCCUGAGUCGUAUGUCUACGCUAUGGUGAAGGAUCGAAAUCUGGAUUGGUUCCCAAGGCUGAGGGCAAAGUCUUUGGCAGCAGAUGAGGGAGAAGGUGAACAAAUAGAAUUAAGAAGUUUACAAUCGCAACUAGAAUCUACGCAAAUGUUAGUCAAAUGUUUAUCUCAACAACUCACGGAGCUUCGUGAUCAGAUGACGGAGCAACGAAAACAGAAGCAGCGGAUAGGCCUUUUGAAUUCUGCAUCCGCACAUAUGCAGAAUGCACCCACGUAAGCAUAGCUUGUAUCCGACAAUUCAUUUACAUUAUAAUUAUACAUGAGAAUCUCAAUUUGAUACUCCGAGACGAUAUUUGAUAUAUAAGUUUUUGUGUGUUCUUAAGAAGCAUUUAAAGACACAGGGCAGUAAUAUUAGGGACAACGUGAAGGAGCGUUUGUACAACUUUGUGUUUACCUUUAAAUAUAGAUUUUUCGCGUAAAAUCAAUAAUUCAUACCUUUUAUUUGUCUUACGAAACGAAAUGAAAAUUGAAAAAUUGUUGAAUGUAUGUGUUGUGUAACAAUUAACGUGCGCGAAGAAUUUAUUAUCUUAAAUAGAUGAUUAAAAGAUCUUUAUUAUAAUUUGAGUACAUAUUCAGAAGCGUGCAUGGGAGUAGGAGUUUAUAAAUUAGCAUAUCUAGGAUUCAUAAUGAGAUUUUAACGUUUUGCAACGUGUUUGAUAGAUUUUUAAGAAUGUUACUGUUCUUUAUCCACGAGAUGGAUAUGUAAAAUAAAUGUCGAGUAUUCUAUUUUAUAUGUCAGCGAUCUGUUCGUGGUUGUGUUAGAUUUUUAAAUUUGUAAAAUAGGUAUAUGUUUUAAUAUAUUUUCUUGUUGAUCGUGUAAUUAAUUUCUUUCUUGUAAGUCCGUGAAAUAUAUUUUUAAAUUCAUUUGGUAAUAUGAAUUAUGUUAAACUUUGUAAUAUUCAUGUUAUCAUGAACGUCCUCCAUAUUUAUUAAUUAAACUAUAUACAGAUUUUUAUAUAGAACAUGGGCGCAGAAAUUUCAUAACAAACUAGCAAGUGGAAUUAAUAUAACAAAUUUUUCAAUUAUAUUGAGAGGAAAAAAUUUUUUUACUGUCUUUAAUAAGAUCAACUCAAAACUGAACAAAGUUAUUUGAAAUAAUUGAAGAAACAAUUUCUUUGACAAAUUAUUAUUGGAUAUAUGAAUAUUUAAUUCGUCCUACUGAAAAGCAAUUAAACGGACAUUCGAUAGCGUAUAGAAUGUUGAUAAACUAUAUAUUGUUCCACAAUAGUCUGUUUAUCUUGAAACCGGGUGCCAAUAGGUAUGUAAAUCUAUUAUCGAGUAAUUAAACCAUGAUUAAAAUGAUCGUUCAAUUACACAGUAACUCAUCCCUGCAUUGUUAAUCACAGAUAUUUCUAAUGGAUUAAUGUCAAUGAUUAUCAUUGUGUAGCUAUAACCACGUAAAUGUAAAUUAAGUGUAAUUGUAACAGAAACACAAUGAGCUGGAAUAAUGAUCGAAUCAUUACUAUGCACUUAUUGUUAGUCCAAUAAUGAGUUACGAUAUUGAUUGAUUCCGAAUCAUUUCCGACUAACAUCUUCGCUUGGAUGUCGUCUAAACAUCCGAUUGUGUCUAUGAAAACUUCAUAUAUAUAUGUAUGUAUAUGGAUAUAUUGUAUGUUGAUAAUUUUUUAAACAGAAUAGCAAAGUUACUAGGUGUAAUGUACAUAUAUUUUGUUCGAUGUUAUCCAUUCACUGUUACUACUCGUACAUGUAGUUAGGAGUGCAAUUGUUCAACUCAGACGUGUCGUUUCACAAUUUUGUGCCAACUUCAUAAAAUUUUAACAAGAUGUUAUUUAAAUGAUCUUUAAUCGCGUGCGCCCGGAUAUCGAACGCAAACGAGUUACCUGUAGAUGUACAUGUUUCAUAUUCCGAAUGUAGAAUGUAUAAAGCUAUUAGUUAUUAUAGAUCAUAUCGAAACUUGUAUGUGAAUAAAUUGUUCUUUUUUAAUAAACUGGCUCGGUUACUGAAUGUAA